AUGUUGCCAUUCCAAACACUUGAAGAAGCAGGGAUUUUUCUUGGGAGAAACCUAACAAUUGCAGAGACAUUAUGGUUCAAAUACUCGGCCCGGAUGCCCGAUUACAUCCUGUAUUGUCAUAAUACACUGUUCUUGUUCAUCUUCUACACAUUAGUCCCAUUGCCAUUUGUUUUCAUUGAAUUAAUGCAUUCCAAGAAGAUUGAUCAAUUCAAGAUUCAGCCCAGAAUCAAGAAUUCUUUAUCCGACAUGUUUGAUUGUUACAGAAAAGUUUUGCUUACAUUUGUCGUUGCUGUUGGCCCUUUGCAAAUCUUUUCUUACCCUGUUAUUGAGAUGAUUGGAAUAAGGACAAGCUUGCCAUUGCCAUCUGGUUGGGAGAUGUUUUGGCAGAUAUUGGUGUACUUUCUUGUCGAGGACUAUGCGAAUUACUGGCUACACAGGUUGCUUCACAAUGGAUGGGGCUACAACAAAAUCCACAGAGUUCACCAUGAAUACAAUGCUCCAAUUGGAUUUGCAGCUCCCUAUGCACAUUGGGCAGAGAUCAUAAUCCUUGGUUUCGCCUCAUUUUUAGGUCCACUCAUUGCUCCAGGACACAUGAUCACCUUCUGGCUAUGGUUUAUUUUGAGGCAAAUGGAAGCCAUUGAAACUCACAGUGGGUAUGAUUUCCCUUGGAGUCCUUCGAAAUUUAUUCCAUUUUAUGGAGGAGCAAUUUACCAUGAUUACCACCACUAUGUCGGAGGAAAUUGCCAGAGCAACUUCGCUUCAGUAUUCACUUACUGUGAUUACAUUUAUGGAACCGACAAGGGAUACCGAUACCAGAAGGAAGUUUUCGAAAAGACACGGAAGCAAAUGUGA